UGAUCGGCGGCUCUGAGUGAUAGUGUUGAUUGCGAUUCAAAUCACCAAACGCAUUACUGGCAUUAUAUUUAAAGAAAGAUAAUUUCUUGCAAGAUGGCGGCUUACAAGAUCUUCCUAAAGUCAGACAACAUUUUAAGUAGAAUACGUUUUCCACUAAGCAAUGUCAACGUCAGCAAGGCGGGUAAUAUUUGGAGUAAGAGCUGUGGCUGUCACUUUUCAACCUCAAGCACCAGGAAAGCCGAAUUCUACACAGAACCAACUGAAGCCGUGAAAGAUAUCCCCAGUGGAGCCACUGUACUUGUUGGAGGGUUUGGUUUGUGUGGCAUCCCUGAGAAUCUGAUUAGCAGUUUACUGAAGACAGGUGUGAAGGAAUUAACAGCAGUCAGUAACAAUGCUGGAGUUGAUAACUUCGGGCUGGGACUGCUCCUCCAAACCAAGCAGAUAAAACGCAUGAUUUCUUCCUACGUGGGAGAGAACGUUGAGUUUGAGCGGCAGUACCUGUCAGGAGAGCUGGAGGUGGAGCUCACCCCUCAGGGCACGCUGGCAGAGAGGAUUCGAGCGGGGGGGGCCGGAGUGCCAGCUUUCUUCACUGCCACAGGCUACGGCACGCUGAUUCAGGAGGGGGGCUCGCCCAUCAAGUAUAACAAAGAUGGCAGCAUAGCCAUUAAAAGUGAGCAGAAAGAGGUCCGUGAAUUCAAUGGUCGUCACUUCGUUAUGGAGAAGGCCAUCACUGGGGAUUUCGCACUGGUUAAGGCAUGGAAAGCAGAUCGAGCUGGGAAUGUGGUAUUCAGGAAAACAGCAAGAAAUUUUAACCAGCCCAUGUGCAAGGCAGCUAAAGUAACAAUAGUAGAGGUUGAAGAAAUUGUUGACGUUGGUACAUUCGCAGCAGAGGACAUUCAUAUCCCCAGCAUUUAUAUUCAUAGGAUUGUAAAGGGGGGCAGCUUUGAAAAGAGAAUAGAAAAGCGCACCGUUAAAAAGCCAGAAGCAACGACACAAAAACCCAAAAAGGAGUCUGAUCUUCUGAGGGAGAGGAUCAUCCGCAGGGCAGCGCUGGAGUUUGAAAACGGCAUGUAUGCUAACCUGGGCAUUGGCAUCCCGAUGUUGGCCAGCAAUUUCAUCAAACCCAAUAUAACAGUCCAUCUGCAGAGCGAGAACGGCAUUCUGGGAUUGGGUCCUUACCCAAUUGAAUCUGAAGUAGAUGCUGAUCUGAUCAAUGCUGGUAAGGAGACGGUCACAGUGCUUCCAGGUGCUUCCUACUUCUCCAGCGAUGAGUCAUUUGCCAUGAUUCGAGGGGGCCACAUCAACUUGACGAUGCUGGGAGCGAUGCAAGUUUCCAAGAAUGGAGAUCUGGCUAACUGGAUGAUUCCUGGUAAGAUGGUGAAGGGGAUGGGCGGUGCUAUGGACCUGGUAGCCAGUGCAGGAACCAAGGUGGUCGUUACCAUGGAACACUCAGCCAAGGGUGGUGGACAUAAAAUCUUGGAGAAAUGCAACUUGCCGCUGACAGGGAAGCAGUGUGUUGACCGGAUCAUCACAGAAAAGGCUGUGUUUGAUGUAGACAAGGACAAAGGACUCACCCUCAUUGAAUUAUGGGAAGGACUGACAGUGGAGGAUAUCAGGAACUGCACCGGCACAGACUUCACAGUCUCUCCCAACCUCAAACCAAUGCAGCAGAUAUCAGACUAAUCAGGCAAACCAAGAAAACAAGACCAACAAGCCUUCAACACCAAAAAAAAAAGUGAAAUGGUCCACUGAAAGGUUGUUUGCGUUUGUUAGUUUUGUGUGAAGUACAGAUAGGAAGAUUUCAAAUUGGAAAAUAAAUGUCAGUGUCUUACUGUUUCACUCAGAAAACCAAACAGUGCUUUCUCAGAUUGAAUUGAUAUAUUAUUUGUAUUUCUGUUUGAUAAUUUUUAAAGCUCUUCCUAUUUAAUAAACCAAUAACCGUAACCUUCAAUGCAAAAAUCUUUGAAUAUGGCACAAGGCCUUAUAUUGGUUAUUAAAACUGCAUCGCUCUACCUUUUUUCUGUAUACCAUUGUACAAUAAAGCGCUACCGAUAUGCAA